GUCGUUUAAUGUGUGCGUUGCUCUGAUACAAUGAGGAAGACAACCCCAACGCCUCAAGUUUAUACUGAUCGCAAAGCGUCUUCUGCCCUGGUUUUAUCCUCGUUAUCGUUCGUCACUGUCAUCGUAUUCGUCCUCAUGUUUCUGCUCAGAGAAAAGAUUUCAAAAAUGGACAAACGAAGUGUCGGUCGCUGUUUCAAAUGGGCGCGCAAGAAAGUUAAAAAGACGCGAAAAGUCUUAUCGGAAAAACGUAAAAAAAAACCAGAGGCCAAAAUAAACGUUGAAGUGUUGGACACGAGUAAGCAGUCGAAAGAGCAACACCUUUACGCCACCAUCGAUGAAAGCCGGAAAGCUGCGAAAAAGAAACGUAGCCCGAGUCGUGCAAGUGAUGAUUCAGAUUUCUCAACAUCGGAGAAUGCAAUCGAUGAUAAUGCUGUGGUAGCUGUGGAGUUACACGCGUAUCAGUCGGUGGCUUUGGAAUCGUACAAGACACCGUCGAUGCUCGAGGAAGUUAAUUUGCAUGCCGUAACGAGUGUGACCUAUGGUUCGGAGAAAAACAUGGAACACCUUGUUGAUCAAACAACUGGCUGUCAAAUUUAUGAUGAAAUAGGAGACGAAAGAAAAACUACUUAUUAGCUGUUCACAUAAGAUUAAAAUACUGUGUUACACGCCUCUAACCAAGAAAAACAAAUAUAAAUGCCUGAUUCGUUUUAGAA